GAGAGUAUACGCACACCAAAGCUGCCACUUUUUUUCCCCCUCACUCUUUUUUCCCCCCAUCCUAGGAUCCAAUGAUAGCUGGACAAGUCAGUAAGCCCUUGCUGUCACUGCGGAGUGAAAUGAAUGCAGAGUUGAGAGGUGAGGACAAGGCAGCUACUUCAGACAACGAGCUGAAUGAGCCCUUGCUUGCGCCUGUGGAAUCAAAUGACAGCGAGGACACUCCCAGCAAGCUCUUCGAGGCCAGAGGAAACACAGUGCUGCCUGAUACAAGCCCAGCAGACCAGCACCAACCCAGUCAGUCCCAUCCUACAUUCCCUGUUGGGCCUCAGCCACUACUGACAGCCCAACAGUUAGCCUCAGCAGUAGCAGGGGUGAUGCCAGGAGGCACUCCAGCCCUGAAUCAGCCAAUCCUUAUUCCUUUCAACAUGGCUGGGCAGCUGGGGGGCCAACAAGGACUCGUCCUAACUCUACCUGCAGCAAAUCUCACCAACAUCCAAGGACUGGUAGCAGCAGCUGCAGCAGGAGGCAUCAUGACUUUGCCAUUGCAAAAUCUACAAGCUACCUCAUCCCUGAACUCCCAGCUUCAACAGCUUCAGCAUCUUCAGCAGCUCCAGCAUCAACAGCAGCAGCAGCAGCAGCAAAGCCAGCCGCAGCAGCAGCAAGCUCAGCAGGCACAGACUCCACAGCCAACCCAGCAGACCCAGCAGUCACAGCCACAGCCAUCAGCACCACCACAGCAGAACCAAACGCAGUCCCAGAGCCAGAGCCAACAACCUCCAGCCUCACAGUCCUCCAGCUCCCCUCAGAAACCCAGCCAGUCACCAGGGCAUGGCCUUCCGUCUCCUCUUACUUCACCAAAUCCAUUGCAGCUGGUUAAUAAUCCACUAGCAAGUCAAGCAGCAGCAGCAGCUGCAGCAGCAGCAGCCAUGGGCUCAAUAGCAAACUCCCAGGCCUUUGGAAACGCCCUCUCCAGUCUUCAGGGGGUCACAGGCCAGCUCGUCACUAAUGCACAAGGACAGAUUAUUGGAACAAUCCCACUGAUGCCUAAUCCAGUCCCGUCCAGCCAGGCGGCAGGUGGAGCUCAGGGACUUCAGGUGCAGCCGAUAACUCCACAGUUAUUGACCAAUGCCCAGGGUCAGAUCAUCGCCACUGUCAUCGGCAACCAGAUACUCCCAGUGAUCAAUACCCAGGGAAUAACACUAUCGCCGCUCAAACCAGGCCAGCAGCUCCAUCAGCCUUCCCAGACGCAAGUGGGACAAGCAGCUUCACAAUCCAAUCUCCUACAUUUGGCUCACAGUCAAGCAUCUAUGUCUCAAAGCCCAGUGCGUCAGGCUUCCACUUCUUCCUCCUCAUCCUCCUCCUCUUCAGCUUUGAGUGUUGGCCAGUUAGUCAGCAAUCCUCAGACAGCCACUGGAGAAGUGGAUGGGGUAAAUCUGGAAGAAAUACGAGAAUUUGCCAAAGCUUUUAAAAUCCGGCGCCUGUCCCUUGGCCUGACACAGACUCAAGUUGGCCAAGCCCUGAGCGCCACCGAAGGCCCAGCCUAUAGCCAGUCUGCCAUCUGCAGACACACCAUCCUGAGAAGCCACUUUUUCCUACCACAGGAAGCCCAAGAGAACACUAUAGCUAGCAGUCUGACAGCCAAACUGAACCCUGGCCUUUUGUAUCCUGCCAGGUUUGAAAAGCUGGACAUCACCCCUAAAAGUGCCCAGAAGAUAAAGCCGGUGCUUGAGCGGUGGAUGGCUGAGGCUGAGGCCCGCCAUCGAGCAGGGAUGCAGAACCUUACCGAGUUUAUUGGGAGUGAACCAUCCAAAAAGCGCAAGAGGCGUACCUCAUUCACGCCACAAGCCCUUGAAAUCUUGAAUGCCCACUUUGAGAAGAACACGCAUCCCUCUGGGCAAGAAAUGACAGAGAUUGCAGAGAAACUGAACUAUGACCGGGAAGUAGUUAGAGUUUGGUUCUGCAAUAAGAGGCAAGCACUGAAGAACACAAUUAAACGUUUGAAACAACACGAGCCUGCAACGGCAGUUCCUAUGGAGCCUUUAACAGACUCUCUGGAAGAAAACUCCUAAAAGCAAAACAAAAAAAGCCAAAUCACAAAGAAAAAAACCCCACACCAACUUAAAUGUGUCCAUUUGAACUCUGUGAAAAUACCUAUUCAUCACCCUUGUAAGUAAAAGACUGAGAAAACUACAAGAAGGACAGAACAGUUUAUAAAUGUCCGUGGGUUUUCCUAUUUAAAAAAAAAAAAAAAAAAAAACCUUAAACAAAAAAAAAUACACAACACUUAGAGUGUGUGCAGUAGAAUUAGUUCCCAAAGAAACCUGAAAAAGCCAGUUUUUUUUAAUGGACUUAAAGUAAACCAAAUAAUUGCUUAAUUUUUUUCUGUAUAUUAUGAAAAUAUUAAUACAUUUUAAGGAAAAACAAAACAAACAGCAACCAAACAAAAAAAAAAGGAAAGGAAGAAAAAAGAAAAAACUUUUAUCUGUUUAAAAGAGAAUACAAGCCUGCCACCUGGAGGAAUGAUUGUAGCCUUUCAGGUAUCAAGUGCUGAUUCACUAUGAAAUCUAUUAACCAAAGUCAGAAACAUGGCAUUGCAAACUAGAUUGUUAGUCUACUCUUUCAUGAGUGUAAAAUUGUGUUACCAAUUUUUACAUUUGUAUUUUGCAAAGAGUAAUACAGGAUUCAUUUCUCUCACCCUUGUUUGUACCCCCUGCAGGUGUGUACAAAGCCAUUCCAUAGUAGUCACCUCACUUUCUUUUCUUUUAGUCAACAGUUUUGAAACCUCCUGAUGUUUGUGUGCCAAAAAUAAGUAAUUUUUAUUGUGAUUUGUGGGGUAUGGUAUUUCUCUUCUAAGGGUGUAUGUCUUGUUUUGCAUUUCUUUUUCUGUUAUUUUUUUUCCUGAUUCUAUUUGCUGCCUCCUCCCUUCCAUCUCAUUCCCGACCCCUUCCCCAAGCCCCCUAAACCAGUACUGUUUGAAGAUUUUUUUUUUUAAAAAGUGAAAUCUGAACACUUUUAUAUGCUGGAAUGCAAUGAGGACAAAGAAGAAUUAGGAUUAUAUCUGAUGGACUUUCAAGCCCACACUGAACAUUGUGCUUUUUGUCGAAUGUGUAGCUUGAGAUUUCUCUGUCCUUUGGCCGUGAACCUGGAGAGGUUACCAAAACUCAUUUUGUAGUAUAAAUAUAAACUGCACACUUGGUACAGUACUGCAUCUAUCUUAUGGUUCCAUUUGAAGCAAUUUCUCUCCAAAGCCUGCAAGCCAAAGAAAUUUCUUGAUGUUCUGAUGAAAACAAAUGGACAGGCUGAGAAGUGAUGAAGAUGUUUUGAUCAUUACAUCACUAUGGACAAUUUUGAUGGUAGUGUUUGGUUCCUUCUGUUUUUUUUUAAUGCCAUAUUGAUGCUUGCCCUUGUUGACUUCUUUAGUAGGAGGAUGUAUUUCUGCAGGUGUUUGCGGUGGCCACUGGCAAGACUAAGCAAUUGAGAAAACAAUUGGGACAUAGAGAAAAACACUGAAUAUCUCUUGAUAAUAUAAGGUAGGUCACCUGCAAUAUGAUUCAGGUGAACUGAUUUUUCUUUAAAGACAGUUUAUCUCUGUGGCUUCUUUUCUGAUUGGGCAAGCAUCUACUAAAAUACUGUGGUCAUUGGACCUACAAGCAUAGCAAGGCUCAGAAGCAAAGAAAGCUGUGGCAGGUUCUUGAUGGGGUGUGGUCUGACCACAUCAAGACCAUCAAGAUGAUCCUGUGAAGGUCAUCUGCAAUCUUCAUCUUCUGCUCAGUUAUGCUCAAGCCUUUGGGAUUCAGUUCACCAUUAGUGUAGAAGCUGCAUCUUUAUCAGGUCUUCCCAAAAGAUAACAUCAUAUAAUUGGUUCAGCUCACUGUAGAGAUGGUAAAAUUCUGAUGGUAUAACUCCUGAUUGCAUUCCUUGACCUCAAAAUGGUUAUGCUGGAUUUUUGGUGGUCUGCCUAGGAUGUGGAAGGAAGUUCCUGAAGUGCUGGAGUCUUCAAAUAACACCUCUCUUACUAAAGAGUAUCGAAAACUCCAGGCUAUAUCCAAAAUUUAGUGAAAGAAAAAGACUUUCAUUGAUUUCUCUGUGCUUUGAAUCUGGCCCUCAGUAUUUUAUUAAUGAGAUUUACCUUGUAAAGUGGGGUAUUUAUUACGUGGUUGGGGGAGCUUUAACAUUUCAGAGGCCAUCAUCUGUACCAGAAACUGCUUCUAAAUGGGAGCACUCUCAAAGGUCAGUGUUGGAGCACACUGAGGAUCCAGUACUCCAGGAUGAGCUCAUGUCCAGCAAAUGCAUUUUAGACUUUAUGCUUUAGCAGGGUAUGUUUAGGAUAUUUUCGGUCUUGUGUUUAUGAGGAGUGACAAUUGUUAUUGACUCUUUUUCAACUGUUGAUAUAUAAAUAAUAGUUGGGAAAAAAAUCACUUCAGUAACCACUGGCAAAUUGUGAGGGACAAAAUAGAUGCUUUAUCCAAGCUGAGCGUGUAAAUUAAAGAGUCUCACAGCAACAUCUGCCCCUCUGGGUUUUCUUUAUACCCUCUCUCUCCAUAGACAGCUAAAUCCUCAGAAAUAUCUAUGUAGUCUAUACUGAACAGCCCUAAAGUUGUCACCACAGUUCAAUCUACAUAACAAUCAGACCUCCAUCCAGAAGCCAACAGGAAAGCAAGGAUGAAUAAAUCAUAUUUGGAAGCAGUUACUCCUGAAAUCCUACCCAUGUCUCCAGAACACUCCUAAUUGCCCAGUCAUUAAUGCCACAUACAGAAUUACAUGUUCAGUCAUCCUUAAGGCCAUACCCUCCCCCACUCCAUCCCCGCCAUCAACAGCCUGGGAACAAAACCAUCAACCAUUCAUUGCCUCAAAACUAAAUUUCCAAUUCUCCCAGGGACUGCUCUAAAUUCUGUGAAGAAAAAUCCCCCAGGAAAAAAAAAGUUAACUAAACACUGUAUGAAAGAUACUAAAUGUUUAAAAAUAUGCUGGCAGCAGUUAUAUAAGCUCUUUUCUGUUCCAAAGUACAUAUCGGAAGGAUAUAACUAGGACAGUGAAAAUGUAAAAUAAAUAUAAAUUGCCAGCAUAGAAGAAAAAAUAAUGUUCAUCCCACAGUCUUAAAAUCAUUCAUGUGCAGUAGUUUUUUUUACAGUUUUCUAAUUUUGUAUUAUGUUUUGUAAAUUAUUUAUAAAGUGUUGUAAUGCUUCUCAUAUUAAUUUUUUUAUACACAAAUUUUUGCUAUGAGGCAUAAAUGGUGCCUGAACAGAUUCUUAGGAAGAUAAAUUAUAUGUGAGUCAUACAUCUUUGGGAGGGCCAUAAAUAUUUUGUUUUGUUAUGUUACUGGCAACAUUUCUGGUUCCCAUUUGUAAACAAUUUUCAUGUACUGAUAACAUUUGAAUACCUUUUAAUUUUGCAUGUGACUAAAAGAUAGGUUGCUACCAGCAAAUGAAACAAA